GCUAAAACUUUGCAUUUGGCAUUUGCGUUUUGCAAGUUUACUUUUGUAAUGUAACGUUCCAGUCGCUCCGUUUUUUCAAGAGAAAGAAAGAGCUUUUAGACUCGAAUUGUUAUUAGUUGUGAAGCUCAAAGUUUUACGUUACUACUGCCUCUAAAGCAAUAUUUAUAAAAUAUAAUUGUACGAGUCAAGAUGGUCGUCGGCAAAAGCAACAAGCUGUACGUUCUCAAGAGAGAUGGUAGAAUGGAAGAAGUUCAUAUUGAUAAAAUUACUUCAAGAAUCAAGAAACUUUGUUAUGGAUUGAAUAUGGAUUUUGUGGAUCCUGUAAGCAUAACUCUGAAAGUUAUUAAUGGUAUUUAUUCAGGAGUCACAACUGUGGAGCUAGAUAACCUAGCAGCUGAAACUGCAGCCACUAUGACUACUGAUCAUCCAGACUAUGCAAUUCUUGCUGCAAGAUUGGCAAUUUCCAAUUUACACAAGGAAACUAGGAAGCAUUUCUCAGAUGUCAUGACUGAUUUAUACAAUAUUGUCAAUCCUUUCACAAAAAAAAGAGCUCCAAUGAUAUCAGAAAUGCAUUAUAACAUUAUGAUGAAAUACAAAGACAGAUUGGAUUCUGCAAUAGUUUAUGACAGAGAUUUUAAAUAUAAUUAUUUUGGAUUUAAAACACUGGAAAGAUCCUAUCUAUUGAAAAUCAACAACAAAGUUGCAGAAAGACCACAACACAUGCUAAUGCGAGUUUCAAUUGGCAUUCAUGGUGAAGAUGUUGAUUCUGCUAUUCGCACAUAUAACUUGAUGUCAGAGAAAUAUUUCACCCAUGCAAGCCCAACACUUUUCUCAGCAGCUACCCCUAGGCCUCAACUGUCUUCAUGUUUUCUGAUUGCAAUGAAAGAUGAUAGUAUUGAAGGGAUUUAUGAUACACUAAAACAAUGUGCACUGAUAUCAAAAUCAGCAGGGGGCAUAGGGCUCCAUGUCCAUUGCAUAAGGGCCAAAGGUACAUAUAUUGCUGGGACAAAUGGAGUUUCAAAUGGUCUUGUCCCUAUGUUAAGAGUGUAUAAUAACACUGCAAGAUAUGUGGAUCAAGGAGGCAAUAAACGGCCAGGAGCUUUUGCAAUAUAUCUGGAACCUUGGCAUGCAGAUAUAUUUGAAUUCUUGGAUUUAAAAAAGAAUACAGGCAAAGAGGAGGUACGAGCCAGAGAACUGUUUUAUGCACUAUGGAUACCCGAUUUAUUUAUGAAAAGGGUUGAAAAAAAUGAAAACUGGAGCUUGAUGUGUCCAGAUAACUGCCCUGGAUUAGCAGACUGCUGGGGUGAAGAGUUUGAGACCCUAUAUGAGAAAUAUGAAAAGGAAAAAAGGUUUGUUAGACAAGUCAGUGCACAAAUAUUAUGGAAAGCAAUAAUAGAAGCACAAGUAGAAACUGGAACACCUUUCAUGCUUUACAAAGAUUCCUGUAAUAGGAAAAGUAAUCAAAAAAAUCUUGGUACUAUUAAAUGCAGUAACUUAUGCACUGAGAUAGUUGAGUAUACUUCAUCUGAUGAAGUUGCAGUGUGCAAUUUGGCUUCUAUUGCAAUUAAUAUGUUUGUUGAAAAUAAAGCAUUUAACUUUGAAAAAUUAAAAGAAGUCACUAAAAUUGCAACACAAAAUUUGAAUAAAAUUAUCGACGUUAAUUUCUACCCUGUCCCUGAAGCGAAGAACUCUAAUAUGAGACACAGACCUAUUGGCAUUGGAGUUCAGGGAAUGGCUGAUGCCUUUGUGUUGAUGAGGAUUCCAUAUGAAAGCAAAGAGGCUAUACUUCUAAAUCAACAGAUCUUUGAAACCAUUUACUAUGGAGCAUUAGAAGCCAGCUGCGAGUUGGCUGAAAAGGAAGGAGUGUAUAGUUCAUAUGAUGGAAGCCCAGCCAGUCAAGGUAUUUUACAAUAUGACAUGUGGAACAAGACUCCCUCAGAACUUUGGAAUUGGACAGCACUUAAGGAAAAGAUUGCAAAGCAUGGACUUCGUAAUUCCCUUUUAUUAGCACCAAUGCCUACAGCAUCUACUGCACAAAUCCUUGGAAAUAAUGAAUCCUUUGAACCAUUCACAUCAAAUAUAUAUCAACGUAGAGUUUUAUCUGGAGAAUUCCAAGUUGUUAAUCAUCACCUUCUCACAGACUUGACUCAAGCAGACCUUUGGGAUGAAGAUAUGAAAAACCUUAUAAUUCACAACAAUGGUUCAGUACAAAACAUUGAAAGAAUUCCAAAAGAAAUACGAGAAUUAUAUAAAACAGUGUGGGAGAUAUCAGUCAAAACUACUAUUCAAAUGGCUGCAGAUAGAGGAGCUUUUAUAGAUCAAAGCCAGUCCUUUAAUAUACAUGUUGCUGAACCUAAUUAUGGCAAACUGACUUCCAUACAUUUCUAUGCAUGGAAAAUGGGGCUCAAAACAGGAAUGUAUUAUUUACGAACAAAACCAGCAGCUAAUGCAAUUCAAUUUACAGUAGAUAAGUCGAAAGUUAAAAUUUCGAAUGGAAGCACUGAAAAAGAUGAGGCCAGUAUGUCCAUGAUUGCUUGUUCGUUGUUAAAUAAAGAUGAUUGCUUGAGUUGUGGCUCAUGAUAUAAUGUAUAAUAAUCUGAUUUAAUGUAAGCAUGCUGAGUCCACUUGUCCAAGAUUGUAUUAAGGCUUACAGGCACAAUAAAAUUUAAGUUAAAUAAUUUAAGUACUUAUAUUUUUCGAUAAAUUGUAAUUA